UUUCUAAUUUAUCCACCACAUACGUCAGGUGUACGCCAAACCGUUAUUUUAGAGAGAGAGAGAGAGACUUGAUUCAAGAACCAUUGGAUAUGAAGCAUAGUAAUCAUAGUCACAGGUACUAAGUUGAGGGCUUUAAGAAGGAGAGAAACAGAGAGAGAGAAUUGUGCUAAUUUUGUCACCGAUUCUAAGAGAAAGAAAAGAUGAAGUUCUGCAAGAAAUAUGAAGAGUACAUGCAAAGACAAAAUCAGAGGAAACUACCUGGGGUUGGUUUCAAGAAGCUCAAGAAAAUCUUGAAGAAGUGUAGGACAGAGCUUCAAUCCCACAAUGACCUCCAAAAUCAUGGUGAUGUGGUUCUCCACCACAUCUCCACUUGCCCCAAUCAUUGCCCAGUCUGCGAUGGAACUUUUUUCCCUUCCCUUUUAAAGGAAAUGUCUGCAGUAGUGGGUAGCUUCAAUGAACGUGCGCAGAAAUUGCUCGACCUUCAUCUAGCUUCAGGUUUCCGUAAGUACUUCAUAUGGUUUAAAGUGAAGCUGCAAGGAAACCAUCCUGCCUUAAUUCAAGAAGGCAAAGACUUGGUGACAUAUGCACUAAUCAAUGCUAUUGCGAUGCGUAAAAUACUCAAGAAAUAUGAUAAGAUUCAUUACUCUAAGCAAGGCCAAGCAUUCAAGUCACAAGCCCAAAGUAUGCACAUUGAGAUUCUUCAGUCCCCAUGGCUAUGUGAGCUUAUGGCUUUUCACAUAAAUUUGAGGGAAACAAAGGCCAUUACAAGGAAGGCUCCUGCAUUGUUUGAGGGCUGCUCUCUAAUAAUCAAUGAUAGCAAACCAUCACUCUCUUGUGAGCUCUUUGAUUCAGUAAAGAUUGAUAUUGACUUGACUUGUUCUAUAUGUUUGGUAAGUGCCUGGAAUUUUCUAUUAAUCAUGCCUAUUACUUCAGCACAUGACUCAGAAGAGAACUUUCUUCAAUUAACCUUGGCCACACAUGGGUUCUUUGUUACUGUUGACAUUGCUAGUUCUAUAGGUUUGGUGGAUCCGCAGAUUUUCUUCUAUUUAUCGUUGACGCCAAAACUUUGAUUAAUCAUAUGACCGCAUUUAUUUGUUCAUUUGGUUGCUCAAAACAUCGGUUUGGGAUUGUGGCCUCUAGGUUUAAUACGAUUUCUUUUCCAAUAUUGAAAAUGAAUUCUUGAAGUUAAGUCUGAUUAUCAGAAAUUUUAAACGUGAAAAGCAUCACUUGCAUGGUGUUCCACUUCCACUCCUGCCCUGUUUCCGAACCUUUCUCUAAACAUUCUCGUGAUUUUGAACAAACCUCACAUAUUGUAAAGGGCUUUGAAGUGUGGCCUUUUUAGAUUUGUUGUUCCGGCUAGUCAAUUUCCAUAGUUAGGGAAACUCCAGUAUCGAUUGUGAUAAACUUUCAAGACAAAGUUAAGUUAUUAAGUUAAAGAUAAUGCAAGAUAUUGGAAACCACUAGUAGUUUGUACCAGAUAAAGAUUUAGUCUUAUGUGCCAAGAAUUAGAAAGAGCUACAGCAACAUAAGAAAUUCCUGUCAAUAAUACACCCUCCCGAAUGAACAUAUUAUCCAAAAAAAAAAGUUCUUAGUCUCAUAAAUGUAUGGGUAUUCUUAGCAUGGUGUUACACUGUAUUACAUGAAGGUACCCCAGAAUACGAUUUAAAGCAUUUUGGUUUGGGAUCCACGAGGUCUCUGGCAAUCAUUUCUUUUUUUUUUGAAAUUUCAGCACUUCAAUCAUCUUCCAAAUCAUGUACAAAUUUCUGAUUGACAUAUAGCUAGGUGUUUUUAUAAGCCAACCCAUUGAUCUAAUUUGACUUGUUGUAACAGGAUACAGUAUUUGAUCCAGUAUCUCUUACCUGCGGUCAUAUCUUCUGCUACAUGUGUGCUUGCAAGUCUGGUUCAGUGACC